GGGGUCGCCCCCCCAUAAUGACGGUCUUGGACAUAUUUAAUUUAGAUCGAUUUUUCCACUGUAACAUUUUCAUUUCAAACAAUACAGUCAAAAUGUUUGGAUAAAAAUGUAUUUAUUUUUAAUUUUUGUCGUAUAAUAUGGUUUUUGAUUGUCCACGGCCACACAUUUUUCGUAGAAGCGAUAACGAUCUAACGUCGUAUAAAAGUGCACAUAACACAUAAGUGCUUGUAUAUUUAGAGUUUUUAUAGAGCUACAAGUGUCAAGUCCUCAGCCCUAGUAAUAACGCCUUUCCGCGUGCGGCACACACACAUCUUCUGCACUAUGGCAUCAUACAGACACACCAAGGUCUGAUCGGGAAUUAUUGACGGUCAGAUAUUUCGGGUAGGCACGUGACGUAGCGUAUCUAACAUAAUAAUGUAGAAGCGACGGUAUGAUAAUACAUUAUACCGGUAAGAAAAUUAUGUGUGCAGUGUGCGCAGAAUCCACUAAAUCUGGACCUUUGCUAUCGCACCGUGAUGUUUUUUCUCAUGCCAAUAUGCCAUUGACUACUGCUGUAAUCUACUGCAGUCAGGCUCGUCGUUUGAUGUUUUUCGCCCAAUAGCAAACAUUUUGAUGCUACUCUCUAUCACCGAUAUUUUUUUAGUUUUUCCAUCUUUGAUUUCUUUAAAAUUGUAUGCCGCCCUAUGCCCUCAGAAAACGCAUGACUUGCUCGUGGCCUAGCUACAGACUUGACUGUAGUUGCAGUGAAAUAUUGCAUUCCAAUGCCGACACUUCCGGCUCCGUCAUUCCGUCGUUCGCUGCGACUGCGUUCCGGCGGUACUGCGGUAGAGUACUAGAGUGGAUGGUGAUAAUUUUUUUUUUCUUUAGGGAUACUAUCAUUAUUGUCUGAUACCGAGUCGUGAUAGCCGAUAGGUGAUAGCAGCCACCGCCGCGUAUACAACUACUACUACUACUACACAACUUGUCUACUCGUACGGCUCGUCGCCGAACAGUACGGGCGACGUACAGAUGUCGCCACCGUCGCAAUUUUUGUCUUCCAUGGCUGCCGUGAACUCUGUGGCAUGUGUUCGUGUUGUCGUCCAUUUUGCAAGGCUAUAAAUUUUCUAUCGCAAACGCGCACGAAUGAUAUCCCACUAAAAUACGUUGCGUUGCCACACUCGCCGUCCGAUUGUUGUUGUUGUUGUUUAACUCGUCGCGGUCCCGUCCUGGUUUUUCACCGUUCGGCGGCGGUGUGCGUCCUUCGUUCGCCCGUUUUCCCCCCCGCACGCGAAUUUUCGACCGUCAACUCCCGGCGGCAGCUGAGUCGUGAACGGGACAUCUAACCGGACCACGACGACGGACGCCACACAUUUCACGGGCGUACGGUGAUCUGUAAGUACUAGUACCCAUCACGAGCGGUCUUUCGGAUCGCCGACUUGCAAACGGCGGAGAGAGAGAACCGAUCGAAUCCGCCUCCCGUCCGGCGCGGUUUAACAAGCGACACACACAUAUAUUAUAUAAAGCUACUUUUGGACGUUUGGACUCCCGUGAUAGUGGUCGUGUGCGUGUGUGAGAGUGAGCGCGCGCGCGUAAGUGAGUGCGUGUGCGUGUGUGUGUGUACGUACGUUCGUGCCACCGCCGCCGUCGUCUACUGUCUAGUCAUAUAAGGCUACUCGGUGGAAUUUGGCGUGCGUGCACAUGGUAAAGCUUCUACGGCGGUGUGGAAGACAAGUUGAAAAUCAAAAUUUUCGCCGAACCGCACAGCAGUAAAGUUGCACUCUAAGGUUGAAAGACAUGGUGUGCACCGCGAUCCGCAGCUGAGAAAUAAUACACCUCGCUGUCGUGGCCGACACGCAAACGCUACGCGCGCGCCGAUCUCGCGUUAAAAUUCUCGUGUUCGGGAGUUUCUGUCGAUCGUCUCGUCAACAUCUGUCCGUCGACAGUUUCGGUUUGUUAUUUUCUUCUUCUGCUGCUCUAAAUGUUCCUGCGCAAGGAAGCGGCCGAAACAGCAGGAUAUAUGUACAUGAAUGGGGACGUAGGAAAAAUUUCAAUUGGGACACAUUAUAGUCCCUCCGAACCACUGACUGUUUCUACUGCCACAAACACUUCUUACAGUUCCAUAAAUGGAAGUUAUGAAGUGUCGGCAUCGGAUAGUAGAAGUGGUACAGUAAUUUUAACUGGAAAAAAUAGCACAAUGGUGAACGCUGAGACUUCUACUGAAAAUAUGCCAUCGCAGUCAGUAGAACAACUCAAACAACUUUUAUCAAACCAGUUAGAAUAUUAUUUUUCAAGAGAGAAUUUGGCAAAUGAUGCAUACUUAUUGUCACAAAUGGACAAUGACCAAUAUGUUCCAAUAUGGACUGUUGCCAAUUUUAAUCAAGUAAAAAAAUUGACUAAAGACAUUAAAUUGAUCACUGAAGUAUUGAGAGAGUCACCAAAUGUGCAAGUUGAUGAUGAAGGUUUAAAAGUCCGCCCAAAUCACAAACGUUGUAUUGUUAUCUUGCGAGAAAUUCCUCAAACUACUCCAAUUGAAGACAUUAAGGGAUUAUUUGCUGGAGAAUCAUGUCCUAAAAUGAUAUCAUGUGAGUUUGCUCAUAAUAAUUCAUGGUACAUUACUUUUGAAAAUGAUGAAGAUGCACAAAGAGCAUUUUUGUAUCUUCGUGAAGAGGUUAAAGAAUUUCAGGGUCGACCUAUAAUGGCUCGUAUUAAAGCAAAGCCAAUGAAUCGCAUGGCUGCACCAAUAUCACCGGGUGCUGUUGCUGGAAUUCCAGGUAUCAAAACAGUAAAUGGUUUUAGAACUCCGCCAAUGCAAGCUCAACCUAUCAAUCCAUAUAUAGAUCAAGGUCCAGGUGUCACACAAUCUGGACCUCCUGCACCACCCCCACAGCAUCCUCAAGCUGCCAGGUUGUUUUAUACAAAUGGAGGACCAGCUCAAUAUGCUCCAGUCAAUUAUGCUGCUGCCAAUCUGCAAGUAUAUUUACAGCAGCAGCAACAGUCUCCAUAUUAUCCUACAAAUAUGAUUCAACAUUGGGCUCAUCCUGCAACAGGGGCCUAUUACACAACUGAUCUUAGUGGCAUAUUUUCUGUGAAUGGCUUGGCACCCCAAGGAGCUUUUACUAAACCUCAAAAUUCAAGAUAUAAUGUUUCGCGUGCACCUGGUCGAUCCAAUGGAAAAAUGCGUCAUAAUUCUGUUGGUGGUAGUGAAUAUUACCGAAGUUCAGCUUCGGAUAGUGGUUUACCAUCUCGUCCUGGUAGUUACACAUCAAAUGGAAGUCUGACUAAGUCAUCUAGUAGUAGUGGAUCUUUGCAUAUUUCCAAUGCAACCAGAAACUAUGUUGACAAUCAAGAUUCAGCUGUAAUUGAUAGACAGUCUAAUGGUACAAUCAACAUCCCUAAAGAUCCUACAUCAUUGCCACCAAGAUAUAGGCGAAGGAAGAAAGAUGAUGAAGUAGGACCAGAAGUAGUAACCACAGGUACUAUACCUCAGCCACCAACUGGAAGUUUUGAUUUGGCUGCUGAUGCGUUCCCUCCGUUACCACCUCAAGUUGUAUCUAUAUCACACCAGUCGCCAACUUCAUUGCCCCAUGACCAGUUGUCACCUCGUGUUAACAUUGAUCCUAGGAUUACUGUAAUUUCAACUUCGAGUAUUUCAACAGUUCUGUCUGAACCCUCUGUAUCUAAGACUGAUGAUGAUAUGGACCUAACUGUGAAUUCAGAGAGCCUACCAAAUAGUUUACAAACAGUGCCUCCUGUUGGGCCUGUACCUGUGACUGCAAUUGUUGAUGACGUAUCAAAUAUGUCUUUGAGCUCUGUUAAUUUGCACUCAAAGGUUCAGGAUAUUGUUACGACUUCGAAUUCUAUAAUAAAUCCUACAGAUAAGACUGUAAUGCCAGCAAAAUCUGACAUGCCACCUACUACGCCUAAAGCAAAUGGUACAUCUCUUAAUAUUAAGCCAACUGUACCAAAUCAUAAGGCUCCUUUGCCAUCACAGUGCGCUUGUGUCAUACCACAACCACCUGCUACAUUUUCGGCAGAUAUGGCUAACAAUAAUCCUGUUCUUAAUGGGAAUGGUUCUCCAAAUAUUGGUCAUAAACUAAGUUAUGCACAAGUAGCACAGCAUCACAAAGAAAGGAAUGAGAGCCACAUUUCCACAAUUAUCACAUUUGGGCAAACUCCUAUUGUAGAAGAAGAAAAAAAAGAUGAAACUAUAUCUACUAUGAUACCCCAAUCUAAACAAUCAAACCUUACAGCAGAGGGUCUUCUAACAAAUCGGUCUGGAAAAGGACACAAAACAUCUAAUAGUGAACGAGGAACAAUACCCAGGAAAGGAUCAUCAAAGUUCAAUCGUACUAAGUCUCCUAAGUAAAAAUUUAGAUAAGGCCUAAGUAUCAGUUGUGACUCAACUUAUGAAUAACGUUCUUAUAAAAACAAUUCACUUCAAGUAUGGCAGAUAAGUGGAAGGAUCCGGACAGUAUCGAUACAAAAAUUGUAACAUUGUUUUAUGCUGAAUUGAUAGGCUUAAAACAACAGUGAUACAUAAAUAUAUCCCCGUCCUACUGUCAUUAUAUUCUAAUCAAUUUGUCCAAAUUAUUAUGUUUAUUGUUAGUUUUUUUUUACAUAAGUUCAAUAUCUUAUGAUUGUUUCCUUUUAUGAAAAAAAUGCAUAAAACAAAACAACUUUGAAACUAAACUCCUAUAUAGAUAUAUUAUAUUUAUAUAUAUACUUAUGUUUAUGUAUAUAUUAAAAGAUUUAAAUA